AUGCCAACGAUGGCAAUCUUAGCCUCGUCCUGUCGUGUCUUUCUGCUGCUCGCGGCGUUGACAGUCGGCCUUGUCUCCGGCCUGACCAUACAAAACGACGAUCCUCGCAUCCACUAUCACGGAAGAUGGGAUGAUUCGCCUGGGACUUGGUGGGCCGGCUCGGGACUCAAAUUACACGUCCAAAAUGCGAAAACCAUGAAGAUACGACUUGGAUCCCUAACGACAUCCCCAUUUGCGGCUUUGGGUGUUUCUGUGAAUUACGAGCCAUUCUUCACUGUCAAUGCUUCGGUAGGCUGGAAUGAUAUUCCGCUCCCCGCCGCCCCGAGGUUCAAGCGCAGUGAUAAAUCUGUCAUUCGUCUCAACGUGGAAGGGUGGCAGAAUAAUCGGAUCAAUUUGGAAACCAUCGUCUUGAACAGGGGGGCCCAGCUACUCCCAUAUAAGCCGUCUAAACUGAGCUUUCAAUUCAUCGGUGAUUCGCUCUCAGCGGGCCAAUAUCUUCCUUUGGGUGUUGACCAAGCGUGGCCCUUCCUAGUCGGCGAAAAUUUCAAGGCUGAACACACCAUCAAUGCCCAACCUGGUGCCACUCUCACAGAUAUUCCGUCAUAUGGGAACGUCCACGGCGUCUCGUUCCAGUUCUUCAAGACAGAGGACACAGGCUACGUCUGGACGUCCGAUCACAACUACACGACACCAUGGGACUUCAGACGCGAUAGGCCCUCGCCCACCCACGUUGUCAUUCAUAUCGGUGCGAACGACGUAUCUCAGGGAGUCACUCCAGACCAGUUCGUCCAGGAGUACCUGGAUUUCUUGAAGAGGCUUCGAACUAUUUAUCGCACUCAAUCUAUCUUCGUUUUCACACCGUGGGGAUGGCCCAGCGCCGACGGCAACGUUUGGUACUACUAUGACGGCAAAUACGAAGAAAUAGUGCGGAAGCAGACUGCCUUGGGUGACAGCCGCAUUUUCCUUGUGAACACCACUGGUUGGGUGACUUUUGAUGACGUCUUCGCAGAUAAUCAGCAUCCAAACGUACCUGGACACGUCAAGAUAGCGAACUUGUUCAGCGAAUGGUUGAAAGAUUGGGGACUACGACCAGAACGUCAAUGGGCUACCCUGGCAUGA